UUCAGUCCACUACGUUUCCUCUCUCUCUCUCUCUCUUCCCCAUGUGAUCCAUUUUCCUUUUUGUAAUGGCAAAGGGUCCUGAUAUGAUUCAUAUUAUCAAGAAUUAUGCAUCAUUAUCUUUUCUCCUUACAUAGCAUUAUUCUCAAAUUUACAAUUGACCUCUUGUUUCUCGAACCCUAAAACUCGGAAUUGACUGGUUGUGUGCUGGUGUCAGUGCUUCUACUUUUUCAAGUUCUCGAUUUUCUGUUUCUCGUUUCUGGUUUUGGGUGAGUGGGGUUGCCGCAAUUUACUGUUGGAUUAGUGUGAGGUCAAAACCCCUCAGCUGAGGUGGAUUUGCCUCAGCUGGGUUGCGAUUGCUGCUGGUGAAGGGUGUUGUGAAGAUCUGUUAGUUGGCUGGGUGGAAUUCUGGUGAACGUUUGCGAGAUUGGGUUGGGGAAGAAGGGGUUUUGGAUCCGAUAAGGGGGAAAACAGUGCCAUUAGAUGGCGCUGUUCAGAAGAUUCUUCUAUCGGAAGCCGCCGGAUCGGCUUCUCGAGAUCUCAGAACGGGUCUAUGUGUUUGAUUGCUGCUUCUCCACGGAUGUACUUGACGAAGAUGAGUAUAGAACAUACAUGAAUGGGAUUGUAGCUCAGCUACAGGACCACUACCCAGAUGCUGCUUUUAUGGUUUUUAAUUUUAAAGAAGGGGAAAGGAGGAGCCAAUUAUCUGAUGUGUUAUCACAGUAUGAUAUGACGGUAAUGGAUUACCCUCGGCAGUAUGAAGGCUGUCCGCUGUUGCCAUUGGAGAUGAUCCACCACUUCUUGCGAUCCAGUGAGAGCUGGUUGUCACUUGAGGGCCAACAAAAUGUGCUUUUAAUGCAUUGUGAAAGGGGAGGAUGGCCUGUGCUUGCCUUUAUGCUUGCGGGCCUUCUUCUGUACAGAAAACAGUACACCGGUGAGCAGAAGACUCUUGAAAUGGUAUACAAGCAAGCACCCAGGGAGCUUCUUCAUCUUCUUUCUCCUCUGAAUCCCCAGCCAUCUCAGCUCAGAUAUCUUCAGUACAUCUCUAGAAGAAAUUUUGGGUCAGAUUGGCCACCAUCGGAUACACCUCUGGCUUUGGAUUGUAUUAUACUUAGACUUCUUCCUUUAUAUGAGGGUGGCAGAGGAUGCCGACCAGUACUACGUGUAUAUGGUCAGGAUCCUUCUUCAGAAACAUCAAGUAGAAGUUCAAAGCUUUUAUUUUCAAGUUCAAAAGUGAAAAAGAAUAUCCGACUCUAUCGACAGGAAGAGUGUGAACUAGUAAAAAUCAAUAUCCAUUGCCAUGUGCAAGGAGAUAUUGUUCUUGAGUGCAUCCAUUUGGAGGAUGAUCUAGUGCGGGAAGAGAUGAUUUUCAGAGUUAUGUUCCAUACAGCAUUUAUCCGGUCAAAUGUUUUGAUGCUGACCCGUGAUGAAGUUGAUGUUCUUUGGGAUGCCAAGGACCAAUUUUCAAGGGAAUUCAAGGCAGAGGUACUCUUUUCGGAUGCAGACUCUGUUCAAUCUGCUAUCACCACAGAAGAAGUAGUAAGUGAGGAUGGCAAUGAAGCAGAAAGUGCCUCACCCGAGGAAUUUUUUGAGGCUGAAGAGAUCUUCAGCAGUGCAGUUGAUGGUCAGGAUGGCAAGAUAGAGGGUGAUAACCAUGCAGUUCAAUCUAGUUCUCAGGAUAAUGAAACUCAUCAUGGAGUAGCCUUUAGGGAUGAUUUGGAUCAUCAUGCAUUUGAAGAUUGUACAUCAGAUGAGGGAAUCCACAGAAAUGAACAGAAGGUGCAAAGAAAUAAUAAUAUGCUGCAAAAUGGGGAUGCUCAAUUAGGGUCUCGGUUUCUGAUUCCUGAUGGGGCCAGUAAUGGUGAUACAAAAUCUGAAAGUCCUGGUAUGCAUGACAAGUCUGGAGAAGGAGAGUAUAAGCAAAGUGAAGAUGUGCCUCCUUUGACGAAGAAUAUUGAAAAGCAGGGCCCGCAACAGAAGUCCACUGCUGAUAAUAAUAAGCAGAAGUUGGAUAAGGGACUCUCAACUGCCUCCAAGAAGCAGUCAGUUUCCAGUUCAAAAUCUACUUCAGAUGCAGUUGGUGCCAAUAAGAAAUCUAAGCAGCAAGAGACACAAGGCACUCUAGCAAGACAGGCAAAGCCAAAUGCUGUAUCCAGGUGGAUACCUCCUAAUAAAGGUUCUUACACUAAUUCAAUGCAUGUAUAUUAUCCUCCGUCAAGAUAUAACAGUGCUCCAGCAGCCUUAGCUCUUGGCAAGGAUUCCUUACCUGGGGGAAAAUCUAAGCCUCAGUGUGUUACUUCAUCUUCAGAAACAGCAACUACAGCUGACAGAACUUCUGCAUCAGGCCGUCCAAAGUAUUUAUCUUAUCCAUCAUCAUUAGAUUUGCCACCAGCUCAAGAAGCUUCUCCCCCAAGUUUGCCUUUGACACCACUGGUUGAAAGUGAACUCCAGGAACCUAGUCCAGUACCUCUACCACCUUCAGCUUUCCCUCCACCAACUUCUCCACCUCCUCCUCCUCCGCCACCGCCACCUCCGCCGCCGCCACCACCACCUCCUCCUCCUAGAUCUCUGAUGUAUAAACCUUCUUCAUCACCUAAUGAUCCUGAGGACAAGGAGCUGACUUGUCUUUCACCCCCUCCCCCGCCACCACAUCCUCCACCUCCAUCAUCUUUAUCUGUACAGACUGUUACUUCGUUGCCUUCAAGAUCAUCUUCCCACCCUCCACCUCCACCUCCACCUCCACUCCCAUCAUAUACUCAGGGUGCAACUCCUACUAAGUUGCCCUCCCCACUAGCUACCAAUACAAGCUUAAGGACAACUCUGCAGAAAAUCAUUCCGCCACCUCCUCCUCCACCUCCCCCGCCUCCAACCUCUUCCACUAUGCAUAAUAUUAGUAGAGUUUUGCCACCUCCACCUCCACCUCCACCUCCAGCCCCACCGCUCCCAUGGUCUGCUGGGAGUUCUAUGCCUGCACCUUCAGCAAUAUCAAGUUCCCCCCCUCCUCCUCCCCCGCCUCCACCUCCACCCCCACCCCUUACUCACACAUCUUCUGUAAGAUCUUCUAGCAUGGUAAUGCCGCGUCCACCUCCACCUCCACCUCCACCUCCACCGGCUAUGCCUGGUAACUCUUUUCGUCCUCCACCACCACCACCACCGCCCCCUUCCACUCAUGGGGUUUCUUAUCCUUCAUGUAGCCCUCCACCUCCACCACCUCCUCCUCUGCAUGGUGCACCACCUCCUCCGCCGCCACCUCCUUCCUUCGGUGCACCACCACCUCCACCCCCACCUCCUUCACGUGGUGCACCACCACCUCCGCCUCCACCGCCCCUAUAUGGAGUUUCUUCUUCUUCUUUGCAAAAUGGUCCUCCACCACCACCACCACCUCCUCCUUUUCAUGGUGCUCCUCCUGCACCACCACCACCACCGCCGCCGUCUCGUGGUGCUCCUCCACCACCUCCACCACCGCCGUCUCGUGGUGCGCCACCUCCACCACCGCCACCUCUAGGUGGUGCACCACCUCCACCACCGCCACCUCCAUCCCUUGGUGCACCGCCUCCAAUGCGGGGUAUGCCACCUCCACCUCCACCUCCCCUUCAUGGAGCUCCACCACCUCCACCUCCUCCCUUGCGUGGGGCUCCUGCACCACCUCCCCCACCUUCAAUUCGUGGCCCUCCUCCACCACCUCCACCUAUGGGAGGAGCACCACCUCCGCCACCACCGCCUGGAGGUCGUGUGCCUGGCCCCCCUGCACCUCCAGGACCUCCUAGACCUCCAGGAGUUGGACCACCUCCACCUCCUCCAUUUGGUGCUAAGGGACCUGCGGUGGAUGGUAGAGGCUUGCCUGCUGGUAGAGGCCGUGGGCUUUCACGGCCAGGAAUAUCAACUGCUACAGCUCCUCGAAGAUCUACAUUAAAGCCACUUCAUUGGAGCAAGGUGACCAGAGUAUUACAGGGAAGCUUGUGGGAAGAAUUGCAGCGAUUUGGGGAGCCUCAAGUGGCACCAGAAUUUGAUGUCUCAGAACUUGAGACACUUUUCUCUGCUGCUGUCCCAAAGUCAGAUACUGGAGGUGGCAAAUCUGGAGGGCGCCGGAAGUCUACUGGAUCUAAGCCUGACAGAGUCCAUCUGAUUGACUUAAGGAGAGCCAAUAACACUGAAAUUAUGCUCACAAAGGUGAAAAUGCCACUUCCUGACAUGAUGGCUGCAGCACUUGCAAUGGAUGAAUCAAUUUUGGACGCUGAUCAAGUAGAAAAUCUAAUUAAGUUUUGCCCAACUAAGGAAGAGAUGGAACUUCUCAAGGGCUACACGGGUGACAAGGAGAUUUUGGGGAAGUGUGAACAGUUUUUCCUAGAGCUGAUGAAGGUGCCAAGAGUUGAAUCUAAACUGAGGGUUUUCUUAUUCAAGAUUCAAUUCAAUUCUCAGGUUUCUGAUUUCAAGAAAAGCUUGAACACUGUAAAUUCUGCUUGUGAAGAGGUCCGGAGAUCCCUCAAACUGAAAGAAAUUAUGAAGAAAAUCUUAUACCUGGGGAAUACAUUGAAUCAAGGAACUGCCAGAGGUUCUGCUCUCGGAUUCAAAUUAGACAGUCUUCUGAAGCUCACUGAUACCCGUGCGUCCAACAACAAGAUGACACUCAUGCAUUAUCUUUGUAAGGUGCUUGCAGCAAAGACACCAGCUCUUUUAGACUUUCAUCAAGAUCUUCUUAGCUUGGAAACUGCCUCUAAGAUACAACUGAAAUCUUUGGCAGAAGAAAUGCAAGCUAUUAUCAAAGGUUUGGAAAAGGUGAAGCAAGAAUUGGCCGCUUCAGAGAAUGAUGGUCCUGUAUCUGACACUUUUCGCAAGACAUUGAAGGAAUUUGUUGUUGUUGCUGAGACUGAAGUGGCCUAUGUAACAAGUCUAUAUUCUAUUGCGGGAAGAAAUGCAGAUGCACUGGCUCUAUAUUUUGGUGAAGAUCCUGCUCGAUGUCCGUUUGAGCAAGUUACAGCAACCCUCUUGAACUUUGUGAGGUUGUUCCGGAAAGCUCAUGAAGAAAAUUGUAAGCAAGCUGAACUAGAAAAGAAGAAAGCCCAGAAGGAGGCUGAAAUGGAGAAUGCAAAGGGAAUAAGUCUGACAAAGAAAGGCAUGAAAGACUGAGCUAUGGAAUAUUUUCCGAUGGGAUUCUAUGGUUCUUCGACAAUGGUUGGCCAAUGUCGGAUUGAGAUUGUUGACACAUGGGUACUGCAGGCUUGACCAGCCAAGAGCCUUCAUCUUUGCAGAAUAUAUUGGCAACAUGGGUUCUCAUAAAUGGAGUGAGAGGGUGCUAUCGAGGCUUUAGAAAACUUGAAGGUCUGCGGAGAAGUCAAUUGAGUAGCGGCUAGUUGCACUUUUCAGCUGUUAUGAAGCAGCCAGCUGAUCUGCACAAGCUUCGCACUAUACUUGCUGUACCUGGUCAGCGAUUUCUUUCUUAAAAAAUGGGUUCUCAGAGGUACGUCUUGGGCCAUCACUUGCCAGCAAGAAGGUUGCAUGCGAGUUGGUCUCAUCCAGUGAAUGCUGCUCAUUUUUGUGUUAGAAAGCAUAGUUCAUUGGUGUCAGUAUCUCCGUCCCACUCGAACAUUUUGGGAGGAUACCACUUGAAUUGUAAAGCAUAUCAACAUAAUGUACCAUGACACUUGUACAGAGCUCUAACCCUGUAUUUAGACUAACACUAAUUCUUUGUUGUAGCAUAAAAAUUGGUUGGUUCCUUGUAAUAGUCAGGUUUGUGGAACCUUCCCUGAAAUUUGUUGUAUAGAAGUAUUAGAGAGCGCAUAGAGAAUAGGUUGUUUCUAGUAUAGUGAUGUAGUCAAGGUAUAGCUUUUAGGAUUUGGAAAUUCUAAUCUGUUCAUUAGAUUCGAUAUUUGGGAAGUACUUCAAUAUAUCAUUUAUUAAUGGAGAAAUGCAUUUUUCCA